AUGAGAGUCCUAUGUCUACACGGUGUGGGCGGAUCAGGAGCCUUGCUGAAGCAGCAACUCACUCCCUUCAUCCGUGCCCUUGAUCCAAGUUACGAAUUCGUUUUUGUCGAUGGACCUGUGCAGUCGCCGCGAGGACCAGGGAUCGCUCCAUCUGCUACUGGGCCAUUUUUCUCGCACACAGUUGGCUACGAACCUCAGCAGAUACUCGAAGCUUGCCAACAUCUGGAAGAAGUUAUCGAAGAAAGUGGGCCGUUCGACGGAGCUCUCGGGUUUAGCCAAGGCGCCGCACUCAUCGUGUCCUUGAUGCAUCUCUGGCAAUGCAAUGGCAAAGAAUCGCCCUUUGCUUUUGCCCUCUUCUUCUCCUCUAGCACACCCUGUGCGGCUCGCGAUGAUGCAUGCACUGCGCUGAUCAGCCGGCUAAGGUCCAAAAGUCUGGAUCACAGCCAUGAGGGAAGUUUGAAGUUAAGAGAAAGCGAUAGCCUCACCGCGGAAGAGCAGAUCUAUUGGAGCCUUCUGUGCGAUACGGUCUUCCCAGCUCGGAGAAACAAUUUUCUCCAUCCGCCUUUUGAUUUGGACGCGUACACGGAUCCUCAACAUCCGCGGGAUGCUCCUUUGACCAUGCAUCCAGCUUUACACGAUUGGAGGAUUCGAAUACCAACCGUCCACUGCAUAGGAAGUCGUGACGCGCCUUCCAUGCAGGGCAUGUCGAGAUCGGCAUACGAAAUGUGCGCCGGCGAUGUGUCCAAACUCUUGUACCAUGGUGGUGGUCACCAACCUCCACAGAAGCAAGCAGAAGCAGCCGCGGCCGCGGCCGCGACGGAAUGGGCAAUAAAUCAAUCACGCAAGGCUCUCAGACUUCGUCUAUAG